CAUGGCGAUGGCGAGUGCGGACAAGGACCGGGAAAGCACGUACACUCCGCAUGCUCCAUUGCUUCUCUAUCCACACGUUUCCCCUGGGUUAACCGCGAACAUAAGCUAGGCGUGGUACGACAUGAGUGGAUUGUAGCAGCAUUGAUCCUUGCAGCUGCGCACCACGUCUUUCUGUACGGACCAAGGCACGGCCAUGGCGACCCUGCCGCUCCACUUCGUGCUGGUGCCGCUCCUUGCGCAGGGCCACGUGAUCCCCAUGAUGGACAUGGCGCGCCUCAUCGCCGGCCGCGGCGGCGCGCGCGUCACCGUCGUCCUGACCCCCGUCCACGCCGCGCGCAGCAGGGCCGUCCUGGAUCACGCCGAGCGCGCGGGGCUCGCCGUCGACUUCGCGGUGCUCCAGUUCCCGGGGCCCGCGCUGGGCCUGCCCGAGGGGUGCGAGAGCCACGACAUGAUCAGGGAGUACUCCCACUUCAAGCUGUUCUGCGACGCCAUGUCCCUGCUCGCCGAGCCGCUCGAGGCGUACCUCCGGGCGCUGCCAACGCUGCCGGACUGCAUCAUCGCCGACUCGUGCAGCCCGUACCCGACCGAUGUCGCGCGUCGGCUCGGCGUCCCGCGGCUGGUGUUCCACGGCCCGUCGGCCUUCUUCGUCCUCGCCGUGCAUAACCUUGCCAAGAACGGCGUGUACGACCGCGUCGCCGACGACUUCGAGCCGUUCGAGGUGCCGGACUUCCCGGUGCACGCCGUGGUGAACAGAGCGACGUCGGUCGGGUUCUUCCAGACGCCCGGACUGGAGCGACACCGGCGCGACAUACUCGACGCCGAGGCCACCGCCGACGGCCUGGUUCUCAACACCUGCGCGGCGUUGGAGGGCGCGUUCGUCGAGCGGUACGCGGAGGCGCUCGGCAAGAAGGUCUGGGCCAUCGGGCCGCUCUGCCUCCUGGACUCCGACGCCGAGACUACAGCCGUGCGAGGCAACCCCGCCGCCGUGGACGCCAGCCUCGUUGUGUCUUGGCUGGACGCGAGGCCGGCCCAGUCCGUGCUCUACGUCAGCUUCGGCAGCGUCGUGCACCUAUUCCCGCCGCAGGUCGCCGAGCUCGCCGCUGGGCUGGAGGCGUCCAACCGGCCGUUCGUCUGGGUGGCCAAGGAGACCGACGGCCUCGACUCCGGGUUCGACGCGCGGGUGGAAGGCCGCGGCCUCGUCAUCCGUGGCUGGGCGCCGCAGAUGACCAUCCUGUCUCAUCCUUCCGUCGGCGGCUUCCUGACGCACUGCGGGUGGAACUCGGCGCUGGAGUCCCUCUCCCACGGCGUGCCGCUUCUAACCUGGCCGAUGUUUGCCGACCAGUUCCUGACCGAGAUGCUGGUUGUCGACGUGCUCGGCGCCGGCGUCCGUUCAGGCGUCAAGGUGCCGUUCACAUACGUGGUCAGGAACCCCGAGAUGUCGAAAGUGCAGGUCGGGCGGGAGGAAGUGGAGAGAGGGGUGGCCGCGCUGAUGGAUGAGGGGACGGCGAUACGGGCAAGGGCGAAGGAGCUCGCCGUGAAGGCGAAAGAGGCAAUGGCGGAAGGCGGGUCGUCGGACAGCGACCUGACGAGCAUGGUUCGCUAUGUCGCAGAGCUCGUACAAAGGAACAAAAACAUCGUUGAGGUUCUUGAGGCGCCUGAUUUUGGGAGCGGGAACAAGAAGAUGGAUGACCCAUCAGGGUAAAAGAGUUGGGAUCACGAUUAUGAGAUCUGCCGUGAUGUGAGGACUGAGGAAGAUCACGAAACUCUGGAAACUCACACGCGAGC